AAAUGUUUAACUUGACUCUUUGGAGUUUAUGGCUUGUGCUUUUCUUUAUUAACCCAGCAUGGGUUUUUUUCUUUACAGUUGCACAACCGCAGGCAAGCAGAUACCAAAGGGGCACUUGAUAUAACUUGCUUAUGGAAGAAUGAACAAAGAUUUCAAAUGAGGAGAGAGAACAAUUAGCCAUUGGAACCACGGACGUGUCCAGUGAGCUGAGGCCACAAGACGGAUGACUGAGCGCUGUGAUCACUAGAGGCUUGUAAAAAUGCAAAGAAAUAAGCUCAGCUACCCAAAUUCUUCUCAAGAAUGCACCACAGUGAGGGCAAAAAAAAUGCAGAAGAGAUUUCUCCACAAGGAUGGCAGCUGCAAUGUGUAUUUCAAACACAUCUUCGGAGAAUGGGAGAGCUACGUGGCUGAUAUUUUCACCACAUUAGUGGACAUCAAAUGGCGCCACAUGUUUGUGAUAUUCUCUUUAUCUUACAUUCUUUCUUGGCUGUUCUUCGGCUUGGUCUUUUGGCUUAUAGCAAUCCAACAUGGAGAUUUAGUACAUGAUGAAGGAAUAAUCCCUUGUGUUGCUAAGGUGCACAGCUUCACAGGAGCAUUCUUAUUCUCACUUGAAACCCAGACGACCAUAGGCUAUGGCUUUCGUUGUGUCACUGAAGAGUGCUCUGUAGCGAUCCUCAUGGUGGUUCUACAGUCGGUAUUAAGCUGCAUAAUUGACACAUUCAUUAUUGGAGCUGCCUUGGCUAAAAUGGCCACCGCUCGAAAGAGAGCUCAGACCAUCCGCUUCAGCUACUAUGCCACCGUAGGCCUAAGAGAUGAUAAACUUUCCCUCAUGUGGCGCAUUGGUGAUUUCCGGCCAAACCACAUGGUUGAAGGCACAGUAAGAGCUCAGCUUCUGCGCUACGUGGAAGAUAAGGAAGGGAGAAUGACAAUGGAAUACAAGGACUUGAAGUUACUAAAUGACCAGGUCAUACUUGUUACACCAGUGACCAUCGUACAUGAAAUUGACCAUGACAGCCCUUUAUACGGUCUAGAUCGGAAAGCUUUGGCCAAAGACAGUUUUGAAAUCUUGGUUACAUUUGUCUACACUGGAGAUUCAACUGGAACUUCACACCAGUCGAGAAGUUCAUACGUCCCCCGAGAAAUCCUUUGGGGACACAGGUUCAACAAUGUCUUGCAGGUGAGGAAAAAAUACUACAACGUGGAUUGCCUACAGUUUGAGGAAACCACAGAGGUUUACGCUCCCUAUUGCAGCGCAAAGCAACUGGAUAGGAAGGAACAUGAAUGGAACAGAACUAAGAAAACAUUGGACAGAGGAACAAGUACAUCAACACUGGAGGUCAGAGAUACAUCAUUUAAGGCAGUUGCCCUCAUCAGCAGUUCUGAAGAUCCAGAAGAUCUAAUGAAAGCCGUCAACCAAGAUUCUAGAGAACUGCCUUAUCAGAAAGAUCCACUGACCUUAAACAGAAUCUCCAAGAUGUAGCUAUUCAUUGCAAUUAAAAUUACUGCCCCAGCUGUUCCCUAAGCAGCCUGCAAAAUAUAAGCAGUGUUAAACUCCAUACACACCAGUAUUUACAUAAUAAAUCUAAUUCUAAGUGUAUACUCAUCCAAUCAGAGAAUGAAAACAAUAUAAUAUGUCCUGUAGGUAGAUUUUUCAAAGCUACCUAAUUUAUUUGGAUGGCCAGUUCCCAAAUUAAUGGGAUUUGGGUAUCCAUAAUCUCACUGUGGCUUUGAAAAUCCCUCAAAAUUUCUCUACUCAAAACCUGAACACAUAUUGUAUUUUGAAUCUCAGAAUUUUAGAUGAAAUUUUUUUGCAAAGAUGCUUUUUGAAAAUGUUUGGGAAAUUUGAUUGUUUUGAAAUCAGCAUAUACCGUGGUAGAAUCUUUUGAAAAUUCAUGUUUUUGAAGAAAAAUCCAUAAUAUGGUAGUGAGAACAGAUCUGUAAUAUGGUCAUAGUGAUGAACUCUCUCAAGAUUCUUUGCAAUGCUCAGGAAGUGAAACCCAUAAAACAGUAUUGCUGGCUUGCUUUUGUUAUUUGUCCCCGCUUUAUCUGAUCACUUUUUGUAUUCUGGAUCCUAAUCUAAACCCUUAAUACAGAUUCCCUUGUUAAUCUGGUUUUCACAGCAGUCUACCUGUAAUCUCCUCUGCAUUAUCUACAGUGCACGCCUGUUACAAUUAAUACAGUUCCUCGCAUGGAACACUUUUCCAACAAGAAAAGGUGUCUCUGGAAACAGAACUAUUGAACUGAUGAUGUAAUGGGCGAUCACUCGUUACCGAGGCUGAUCAUCUUCCAUGGGAGUUAUGGGUCCUCAGGUGGCUAAUAAGGCCAUUCCUUGAACCACAAGUUCUAUUACAAUGAGGGCAGAUGUUUUCAGGCUUAGCAGGAGUCUGUUGACCACGACUGGAAGCCAGUCUCUCCUUCCUCCCGUGCCUCUUGUCUGCUCAGUGAGCAAGUUCAAAAUGCAGAGGACCAUCACAUAGGAUUUCACUCCAUUUUAAGCGAUCCUGGGCAAGUGUCUCCCAAGUGUCAACGUCAAUAUUACACUUUUUUAGGUUGUCCUUCAGCAAGUCCUUAUAACACUUCCAUUGUCCAUCCACGUUACGCUGCCCCUCUUUCAGCAGAGAGAACAGGACCUGUUUUGGGAGGCGAUGGUCUGGCAUCUGGACAACAUGACCAGUCCAGCAAAAUUGCUGACGGAUGAUCAUUGCCUCGAUACUGGUGGUCUUUGCCUCUUCCAGAACACUAAUAUUGGUGCACCUGUCUUCCCAUUUGAUCUUCAGAAUCUUACGAAGGCAGCGUUGAUGUUGCCUCUCAAGGACUUUCGAGUGGUGUCUAUAGGUUGUCCAAGUUUCGGUGCCAUACAACAGUGUUGGGAGACUAAUGGCUUGAUAAACAAAAAACUUGGUGAAUUGUUGAACUAUGCACGUUGCAAAUGCAUUAAAACCAUUUGGGGAUUUUUCAUUCUCUAUCACCAAUGGUCGGUCUGGCAAACACCUACGUGAGCAGAUUUACUCAUGUAAUAAAGCAACAUGUGUGAGUAAGUGUUUGUGGAAGAGGGUUUUAUAAAUAGAGUUUCAUUGUAUACAAGUUCACAAUAAGCAGGUUGCCCUUUUCUGGAAACGCCUACUGCUAGUCAAAUCCAGAGUACAGUCAUAUGUUUCCUGCUGUAAGUACAGAUAUAGAUGUGUGUGUCUGUACAAGAAUGUAUGGUUUGGGGCAUAAGCCAACUGGUGUGGGUUAGGAAGAAACUUCUUCUGUGGGCAGGUUAAUUCAUAACAGUCCACUACCAGAAUUCUUAUAGAUUUAUCUGAAGCAUCUAAGGCUAGCCAUUGUUGGAGACAGGACUAUAGAUCAGUGUUUCUCAAACUAGGGGUCCUGACCCAAAUGGGUGUCGCAAGGCUAUUAUAGAGGGGUCUCAAGAUCACAAAAAAUAUUGCUGGGGGGAGUGGGAGAGGGAGACAGCAGCUGACGCCCUGUAUCAUGCCACCUUUACUUCUGUGCUGCUGCUGGCAAGUGGCGCUGCCUUCAGAACUUGGCACCUGGCCACCAGCCACAGCUCUCCAGCCACCCAGCGCUGAAGGAAAUGCCUCCACCACAGAAGUAGUGGCAAUACCAGGGUGUUCAACCCUAUGAGUAUGUACAGUAAUUUGCUAUCACUUUGGGGGGGCAGGGGGCUGAAAUAUUUUCAAAGGGGGGCCCGGAAAAAAAAGUUUGAGAACCACUGAAUGAAUUACUGGUCUGAUCCAGUUUGGCAAUGCCUACAUUCCUGCGUUUGCUGUUUUUAUUGCAUUUGUCAGAGUAUAUAAAAUGUUGUAUAAUUAA